AUGCGUUUUGAAUCAUUCUCCAUUUAUGAGAGUACAUUAUUACCAUUAGUUAAUAUACCAUUAUUAGAUUAUACAUUAGAAUUUUUAGCAGCAUCAGGAGUACAACAAAUAUUUGUAUUUUGUUGUGCACAUGCAUCACAAAUUAAAGAAUAUAUUCAAUCAUCAAGAUGGCAUGAUCUUCCAGGUGUUCAAGUAAUUUGUAUGACAGGUUCAAAUUGUAACAAUAACAAUAACAACAACAACAAUAAUAAUAAUAAUAAUAAUAAUAAUAAUAAUAAUAAUAAUAAUAAUAAUAAUAAUAAUAAUAAUAAUAAUAAUAAUAAUAAUAAUAAUAAUAAUCCAAUUGAACCUGAUUCAGUUAAAUUUCAUCGUGAAGUUGGUGAUACAAUUAGACGUGGUAUUAUAGAGAAAUUACCUUUAGAGAAUAUUCAAUUAGAAAUCAAUGGUUUGAAAUUCGCUUAUGAUAGAGAUGGUUUAGAUUGUUUAACAAGUAUUUUACCAGUUUUAUUGUUGGUUAAAUUCUCAAGAGAAGAUAGUAUGGUAGAUCUUAUCUUUAAAAUUCAAGAUUUUUGUGAUGAAAAUGAUGUUAUCUCUGAAGAGGCAAUCUUUGAAUGGGCUGAAGAAAUUGAAGAAGAUGAUGGUUUUUAUUUAAAGAAAUGCAGAAGUUUAAUUUCAAUUGCACAUGGAGACUUGAACGGUGAUGGUAAUGAUGAUUUGAUAUAUGCUAUAAAUUCAGAAGGACUAUAUGUAUUUUAUGGGCCAUUAGCAAGUAAUUUUAAUUUUCAAACAGACAUAUCAAAGAUCAACGGUUCAAAUGGUUUUAUUUUUUUAAAUGCUACUGUUCGAAUGAAUAAUAUAGCUGUUGGUGAUAUAAAUAAUGAUGGGUUUGACGAUAUUGCUCUUUUUUUACAUAUUAUACCAGGAAAACUUUGUGUUAUCUAUGGUACUGAUCAAAUUAUAUCACCUUCUACUUUUUCGACAGUGAAUGGUAAUAAUGGUUUCUAUAUUUCUCACGUUUCGUCCUCUAAUAUUGCAUUUGGGUUUGUAAGAUCAAUCAUUGAUUUCAAUGGUGACUCAAUUAAAGAUUUAUUUGUCUCUGCAAGUAUAGGAACUUAUGCAACUUCAGGAACACCAAUUUCAUAUAUGAUAUUUGGUAUAAACGGUGGUAAAUUUCAAGUUAAUUCACAGUUUGAAUUUGACCCUUCAACAUUAAAUGGGAGUAAUGGUUUUUUAAUUAAUAAUUUCAAUUCAUAUGCGGCUUAUCCUUAUGAUAUGAAUAAUGAUGGGAUUGGUGAUAUAAUGAUAAAUAGGGGACAGAUAGCAAUCGAUAUUAUUUAUGGUAGUAGAGGCCCUUUUACCUCACCAUAUAUCCCAGUUUAUGAUGGUGUCAAAGGUACCAGUUUCAGCUUUUUAGGUUGCACAACAAAUAAUAAUGUUCAUCCAAAUGCUUUUGGAGAUUUUAAUAAUGAUGGACUAAAUGAUUUUGGUAUUCUUACAAGACUUACUUCGGGGGGUGACUAUAUAGCUUUUUUGGUUUGGGUAAAACAGAAUAUCCACCAACAACAACAUUAA